AUGGCCGAUCAGAGUUCCUCCAAAGGUUGGCAACUGUACAAAAGAUUUACUACUUUCUACUUCGGCAGGGGAGGCAAAUCGAACCUUGAUGCUGAUCGUCGAUCCGAGUCCGAUUCCUCUAAUACUACUACCUCUUCAACUGACGGCAAGUGUUCUUCUGGUUUCGUCUAUACUUAUCUCAACUGGCUCUUCAAGCUGCGGUGGAUUACCAUACCAAUUGUCAUUGGUCUGGUGGUCGCAGGGGUCUUUGGUUUGAUAGAUGUAUUCGAGGUGACUGAUGAUGACUUUGCCGUCCCUGCCAACACACGGUCGUAUAAGAAUAGCGAAGCCUACAACGAUUGGUAUGCACCUGUCCCAUCUCAUACCACGCCAUCACCAACUCCAUCACCAACACCAACACUACAGCCGACGAAGCCGCCUAUGCAUUACACUGCGGAGGAGACGAUGCUUAUUCAACGGCUUGAUGGUAGUUCUUUGACUGAGGACUAUCUCCUUUACAACGUCACUCGAUAUGUGUAUGAUGCAUGGCAACCUCCGGAGUACCUUCUAACAAGCUAUUACGCUUACAAGCAAAAUGGCGAUUUGCUCAAAGCCGAAGUGUUGAUAUCGGCGAAUCACAGCGCGAGUAUGAUGGAGGUUUGGUUUGCUAGUAGCCUCUCCGGUGAAGUGAGGCAAUUGGAAGAAAAAAUGGUGCAGAAUUUGUAUGAGCACUUCGGGUCAGAUGUCAUUUAUGUUGGUUUCACUGGUACUUACACUAACGACAUUGAGGCUAAGACUAUGACAGAGCAAGAAGUCAUUCAUUCCGAUGCUAUUGUUAUUCCGGUCAGUUUUGUACUGCUAGCAUUGGUUCUUCGUUCGUGGCGUAUGAUAUUCAUCCCCUUGGUGUCUAUAGUGGUCACUGCUAGCUACACUGGUGGUAUCCUCUACCUAAUAGCUCGAUACUGGAUGAAGGUUACCUCAGCGGCUCCUGCUGUUACCGCCUUCCUCAUUGUUGCAUUGUCCUUUGAUUAUUCCCUUUUUAUCCUCACUCGCUAUCGGGAGGAAAUGCAGUUACAUGGUCGCACGUCCUUCGAGGCUCUUGGGCUCAGCGUUCGCCACAGUGGCCAUGUUAUUAUGGGAUCUGGUUCAACAUUAACGCUCUGUUUUAUUGGUCUACUCUUCAUCCCAAUUGUCCAAUUUCGCUCACUUGGAGCCGGUCUGAUGAUUGCAGUGAUACUAGCAGUCACAGUAAACUUGACAGUAAUUCCCACACUCAUGCUGUCCUUUCCUUCUUUCUUUUCUACAUUCGGUUGUUUCGGGAUAUCCAGGAUUUUCAAAAGUUGUUCCUCGAGAAUCCCCCGCUGUAAGAUUCCUUGCUGGUUCCAUUGGGCUAAGUUCACGACAAAGUGGUAUUCAACUCUACUGGCAGUUGCCAUAGUAAUAGGACUCGGUGUUCCAUUCACCAUAUUCGUAACGGAAAUGGAGACUUCUCCGGAUAUGACACUACUGCAACCUCGGGGUAUGUCCACAGCUGAGACUCUUGAACGUAUUCAAGAGUCGUUCUCACCUGGCUUGUGGGCUCCCUAUACUAUUAUGCUGGGUUCCAAACAAGGUGUCAUUUUCGACAGCCCUGAUUAUUGGCAUGCCGCUCAAAGCUUUCAAGAAGAGUUAGUUGACACACUACUCGUGGGUCAGAAUACAUCAGCUCUCGCCAGUAUUAUGCUCGUCAAGAUUGACAGUGUGCCAACUAUGAGGGUGCCUUAUUCAAUGGCGAAGCUCGCCAAUAGCCCUCUGUGUAAGCUUGAUAUAUGCAGCUAUUUUCAAGAGGGCUUGGAGGCUACCAUGAAUCCUGCCGGUACUGCUGUCACUGCGACGCUAGUCGCCGACCAAGCACCAACUUCCACAGCAUCUGAGAAGUUCGUAUACAAUUUACGAGCUUUAGUUGACAAAUAUAAUUCUCAAUAUGGCGAUGUGAUUGAAAUAAUAGAAAAUGGUGUCAGCUGUGAAACAUACGACUCUAAUCGUGCUGUUAUGGGCAGCUUUGUUAUCACACUGGGUAUCAUUCUGGGCAUCUGUAUCGUUGUUGUUGGUUUCCUCUAUCAAUCCAUCCUUAUUCCGCUGAGAUCAGUGGUUACUAUAUACAUCACCUUGGUCUUCUCUUUCGGGUUUACGAUAGGCGUUUUCCAGCUGGGUUGGUUCAACGGUCUUAACUGCGCCACUUUAUCAUCGGAAGUUUCACAAGGUCUCUCCUGGGUCGUGGUGCCCAUCUGUUUCGCUGUGGUGCUCGGUUUGAGUCUUGACUACGAGAUUUUUCUCCUCGGUCGAAUAACUGAGUCCCGUCAUCUUGGGUAUGGUGAUAAGGCCUCAAUAGAGAUUGGUGUGUGGAAGACUGGAUCGGUCAUUUCCAUGGCUGGUAUCAUCAUGGCAGUGGCUUUCCUUGGUCUAGUGCUCACUUCAAGCCCCAUGCUCAAUCAAGCAGGCUUCUUGCUGGUUGUUGCCGUCCUCCUGGAUACGUUCGUUGUGAGACCAUUUAUGACACCUGCUUUGAUGGCUAUCCUUGGACGAUGGAAUUGGUGGCCACAUAAAGUAACUCAUGUGUGUUAUAACGAUAGCCAACACCUCCUCGACUUGGAACGAAAAGCGACUUCAGAUGCUGCUGCAGCGAGUAGUGAGUCGUCGACUACCUCCUCAGAAGUUUAGCCCAGUGCUGCGUUCAAUACAACAUAGGCGUGUUAAGCUUCUGUGUGUAGACGUUGAGUACUACUAGUGCCAUCGCAUGGGAUACUCCCAUGCAUUUACUAUUGUCAGCUGAACAUUAUCAUUCUUGCGGAUCGUGUUUCCAUUAUUGUUGCCAACUUUCUUAUUAUUCUGUUUCUUAAGUUCCUCGAUCUCGAUCGUUCGAAUACCAUAUGUCCUACCAUCUCUUGGCAUGGCUGUUCUCGUAUCUUUCGAGCUGCCACCAAAGAGGGCAGGCCUCGCCUCUUCGGUCCGAUGAUUGCGUGCUUACCGAAGUUGUUGACUGUCA